UGUUUACACGUCCGUUUCUGUUGCAACAAGACUCGCUUCGAUGACCAUGUGCACGUUGUCUCCAAAAUCCGUAUUCAUUACGGGUGCCAAUAGGGGUUUGGGGCUGGAAUUUGUGAAGCACUUUCUGCGUCUAGCGAAUCCCCCUACCCACCUGUUCGCAGCAUGUAGACAGCCGGACCAGGCCACGGAGUUGACGCAGCUAGCGAGCGAGAAUGGAAGUAUUCGCGUGGUAAAGCUGGACGUAAGACAGGACGAAGAAAUCGCUGCGGCUGUGGCGGAGGUGGAGAAAGUUGUUGGCGAUGAUGGACUCAAUCUGCUGCUGAACAACGCCGGUGUCAACCAACAGGAACAGGGCAUCGAACCACUGACACGGGAGAAGAUGAAUUAUCACCUCGACUGCAAUGUUACGGCCCCACUGUUGAUUAGUAAAGCGUUACUUCCCACACUGAGACGAGCCGCAGACAAGGUAGAGUUCAGCUGCAGCAGAGCGGCCAUCAUCAAUCUCUCUUCUAUCUUGAGCCUUAUCAACCACAUCAACAAAAUAAACGACUUCCGCUACCCUUACAACAGCUCAAAGUGUGCCCUCAACAUGGUGACCGAUAUUCUCGCGAGAGAAGUUUCCCCGGACGGGGUGUUGGUGGCUGGGAUCCACCCCGGGUGGGUCAGGACCGACAUGGGAGGUCCUAACGCAAUGAUAGAUAAGGAAGAAAGUAUUUCCAAGUGUAUGAAUACAUUUGCAGCGAUGAAUAAAGAUUCGUCAGGGUUGCUGUAUUCAUACACAGGAGAUAUCUUUGAAUGGAAUUCCAGGCCCUAAGUAAUUGCAACGUAUGUUAUUUGCCUGAAAAUAUAUCAUGCAAUAGGUUGUUAGGUUAUGGAAGAAAUUAUUAUAUGUGCGAAAAUAUUGUUUACCUUGUAGAAUAAGCAUUAUAUUUCAAUGUUUAUUUAAAUAUUCUGAUUUGAUAAAACGGAGUUAGGGAAGAUCCAUGUGAUUUGAAAAUUCACACAAAUUGUUCCCUUUUUUCACCACGGUCAACAAACUGUUCAUUUUAGGCAUAUUACUGAAAAAACUAUCCAAUUAAACAAUCCCCCGCCCCACCACCAGCAAUAGAAAUCAAAUGGAUGUUCCCGUACUGAUUCCUCUUUUAAUCCUCAGGAUAGUUGGAAUUCCCUCGAGUAAUGAGUUGUGCUGUAAUAUACUUGUAGAUGCAGGAUGAGAAUCAAUAUCAAACAAUAUAAAGUAUAUGUGACAUAUGGACCACGUACUGGUUAGUUGAGAUUCCUUUUCAGGAACAGAUUAAUAAAUGUGGUGCCAAUCUGAAA